AUGGGAGACUUCGAUUCCAAUCCAACACUACUAAUCGAUCGGAAUCCCAUCCAGCCGCCACUUCCUGAAGGAAGAAGCUAUGAGAUUUCACCGGAGAUCAUUGGUUUGGUGAAACAAAACCAGUUCCAAGGAAAACCCCAGGAGAAUCCUUUGGAACAUAUUGAUGCUUUUGAAGAAAUCUGUGGCACCAUCAGUGCAGGAGGUGCGCCCAAAGAGUACUUAAAGUGCAAACUAUUCUCUUUCACUUUGACAGGGAAGGCUUUGCGCUGGGUUAAGUCUCUUCCAGCUCAAUCCAUAACCACAUGGAAAGAGUAUAAGGUGGCAUUCCUAGGUCANUGCCAAUCUCGCUUCAUCUCACGCCUAAUCCGUGUAGUUCGCCACAUUGCACCAGAGAGACUCUUUCGCCCUUCUUCCACCGCUAGAGAGCCAUAUGAGCCUGACCUUGGUGAAUUCUCACUAGACUCAGAGCUUGGUUCAGAAGGCAAUGACCCCAUAGAUGAGGAAGAGAGUUCUUCUCACUGCCACACAUAG